GGGGCCGCUCUCCGCAUGCGCGGGGAGGGGCGGUUCCUCGCUGCUUCGCCCCACCCCCGCACAACCCUUGAGACGUCACAUCCGUUUCCGGUGCCUGUGACGGAGUCUGCGACAGGAGCAGCCAUGGAGCUGGAUGGCGAGCGGCUGUCGCCCAAAGAGGAGGGCGAGCUGGAGGACGGCGAGAUCGACGAUGACAACGACGAAAAUGUUUACCUGGAGUCGCGGCUCGUCUCGUCCUCCACUCCGAAGCCGAGGCCCGGCAACAGCGGGGGCUCGGGCCCCAAAAGCCACCGGCCGCUGGCCUCCGGGAACGGCCUCGUGUACCGGCUCAAGGAGCCGUACCGGGGCUUCCCCCAGCAGCCGCCGCCGCCCCCUCCUCCUCCUCCCCCGCCCGCGCUCCAUGGCGACUCGUCCCGCUCCAACUUCUGGGAGAGGAGCCACGGCACCUUCGGCCGUUUCCGCUUUCGGGAGGGGUCGAACCGCGGCGGCUGGGGCAGGGGAUUUCGGGGAGCUGGCCCUCGGGGGUUGAAGAGGGGGAGACUGGGACCCGGGCCCGCCUUUAUCGGGAACAACAACAUCCGCAGGGAUUCUCCGCCCCGGAAACCAAAAUUUUUUGGGCGGUUCCCUUCAAGAAGACCAGCUCAGUAUUGCAGAAAUGAAGAUGACAUGGAUGAAACAUUUGAAGAUCUUCUUAGGAAAUAUAAAGAGAUUCAGCUGGAACUGGAAUGUCUUAAUAGAGAAGAAAAAAUGUCUCAAACUACCAAGGGAGAAAACUUGCUGGAAGAGGACGGUAGUAUUGUGUCUGGGAAUGUUAAUGUUGAAACCAACAGUAUUGAAAAGAACAAUUUACAGCUAUCCACUGAAAAACCUCAGGUGAAAGCUUUUCAGGCAUUUGAACUAAAACCUCUAAGACAGAAGCUACGAGCACCAGCCCAGCUGGAACAAAGCGACCAACUAAACGACAGCCAAAAACCAGAACUAUUGGAGCCUUCAACAAAUAAACCAGAGUGUGAAAAUAAAGAUCCAGACCAUUCUAGUUCAAAUAGUAAAGGGGUUUUGACAGAAUCUCCUCUCAAGGACGAAAUCAAAGCGGACGAUGAUGAUGUCGAGGAGGAGAGGGAAGAGGAGGAAGAAUUGUCAGAACUCCAGUUACGCCUUCUUGCAUUGCAGUCUGCUAGUAAAAAAUGGCAACAAAAGGAACAAUGUGUAAUGAAAGAGAGCAAAGAGAAGCUUACUAAGCCAAAGGUGUCUCAGCAGAAAGUCCGAAGUAGCCCUAAAACCCGUGUGCUGAAGAAGCCACUUAAUACAGCUGUUGCUACAAAGCAGGUUUUGCGAAGACAGAAAACGAGAGCAUGGAAAAAAUUACAGCAGCAAAAAGAACAAGAGAAGCAAAGAAAGGAAGAGGAAGAGAAGAAACAACUGGAAGAGGAAGAGCGAAAAAAGCGUGAGGAAGAAAUCAGAAAAAUACGUGAUCUCUCCAAUCAGGAGGAGCAAUACAAUCGUUUUAUGAAACUUGUAUGUGGGAAGAGAAGAUCUAGUAGCAAGUCAACAGAUUUUGAUAUCAAAAAAUCACAGGAGAGACCAAUGGAAGAAUCUGGAAGCAUGUACCAGUAUGAUAAUUAUGAAGAGGUUGCUAUGGAAACAGAUAGUGAAACCAGUUCACCAGUAUCAUCUCCAGUGCCAUCUUCAGUCUCUGUGGAUUACCAAUCAGGGUAUUAUGUUCCAAUGCCACCUGUGCCAAUAUUUUCACAGCAUCAGAACAUGAUGGAUCCUGUGAUUCCGAAUUACUUGGAAUCCUACUUUCCUAAUCCCUUGGAGCUGCCUGUGCCGCCACCGCCCCCACCACUUCCUCCAGAGGAACCUGAGCAGCCACCAAAACCUCCAUUUGCCGAUGAGGAAGAAGAAGAAGAAAUGCUCCUUCGAGAGGAAUUGUUAAAAUCUAUAGCAAAUCGGCGUGCUGUGAAACCAGAGGAUUCAACUGAUAUUUGUGACAUGGCUUAUCCAUCUCUUCCUAUUGAGAACUCCCAAUCUGGACCAAUGAAUAAUCUUCCAACUGCUGACCUGAAUUCUGCAUUGCAACCACGUCCCCAAAGCACAAAGUUUACAAGAGGACUUUCAGCUCCUCGUCCACUUAUAAUGCAAUUUGUCAUGAGGCACCUGGCAAUAUUGGCAGAGGAAGCUCCACGUGUGUCUAACAUCCGUACAUACUUUGAACUUGACUAUGUUUUGAAAUUGAAAAUCCGUGAAAAUAGUAUGGAAGUUACUGAUGUUCAUCGCUCUUUACGCUAUAUCAAGGCUGAAAACUUUCUUUGUCUAAAGGCCACAAAACCAAAGCCAAAACUAAAAGCAGAAAAAGAAAAUGAUCCUGCUGGAACCAAAGAUGGAUUUUCUGAGGGAGGCAAAAAGGAAAAUAGACUUUUAAAGGAAGAAAAUAUCAGCCGUGAGAAACAGCGACAGCUGAAGUCUGAUUUGUCAAGGGCGAGUCCAUCCCUGGUUCGCUCUGGUGCUGAAGUAAAUAGUAUUGGAAAAAGAACAGUGGUCAGUAAACAACUGUCAGAUGUUGAAGAUAGACUCAGAAAACACAAUCUACUUUUGACAAAAGAUGAGUCUCUUUUAUCAAACCUAUUACAACAAGAAGCAAAAAAGAAAGAAGCACUGCGUCAAGCUGAAGCCAAAUACAUGAAGCAUAAAGAACAGUUACAGGCAGCUGAAAAGAUUGUGAAUGCCAACAGAAUGCUGCUUAAAAAGCUUCAAGAACAGAUCCAUAAAGUACAACAUCGAAUACAAGUUAAGAAGAAUUUAUCCAUAAAAUAUGAAGAAUUCGCAAGAGCAAAAGCUGUUGCUAGUCAAGAAGUGGGCAAACGUAAACGUGAACAAGAUUCAUUUGUUGCUAACAAGAGUAUCCGGUUGGAUGGCUCAUCUAAACAUGUGGCAGUCUUAAAGAAACAGUCUGCUGAAUAUAUAGCUAUGGAGAAAAAACGUUUGCAGCAACUUGAAUAUGAGUAUCGGCUGAAGAUUCAAAAACUGAAGGAGGCGCAAGCUUUAAGGAAUGCAGGGCAACCUGAUAGUUUGCAGGGGAUAGAGGAAGAGCGUGCAUUUGUGGUUUCGCAGCCUUCUCUGCAUGACUUAACACAAGAUAAACUUGCUCUUGACACUGAAGAAAAUGAUGCAGAAGAUGAAGUGCAGUCUCCAUCUCUAAGGGAACGAAGGAGGUCGUUCCGGGAUUCGAACUCUUUUACCAAGCCAAAUCUCAAGCACAAAGAUCUAACUCAGGGGAAAGAAACUUUAAGUAAGCCUAUGAAGAAAAGCUUUGAUGAACCUGAGCUGUUUCUUGGGCUCAAUAUUGAUGACCUCAAAAAGCUUCAUGGGGAGGCAGACGACUUGAAAACAUUGCUUCAGAAAACUUCACUUUCAAUGACUUCCAGAGAGAAACCUUUGUAUGGUCAGAUGUGUCUUCAGGAGAUUCCAGUGGACUUGGAUGUAGUAUUGGCACAGUCAAGACAAACUGAUUUGAAACCAACUGCCUUUGGUCCAUAUAAUAGCCCACUUUUGGUCUUCAAAUCUUACAGGUUCAGUCCUUACUUUCGUAACAAGGAAAGGCUUCUGAUUAGUUCAGUCUCCUAUAGCAACUUGAUUGACCCCAAACAGAGUUUCUGUCGUUUCGAUUUAACUGGUACAUGCAAUGAUGAUGAUUGUCAAUGGCAGCACAUGAGAGAUUGUAUUUUAAAUCAAUGCCAGCUGUUUCAGGAUCUUCUCUCCUACAAUUUGUCUCUGAUAAAAUGUUCAGAUUUUAGUACAGAUGAAGAAAUCAGGGUUGCAGCAGAAAAUUACGUGGAUAAACAGUUCGGCAAAAACAAAGAUCGUAUGACCACAGAUGAGAUGGCUGUUCUGCUUGUUAGCCAAGUGAAUGAGAGUACUGGUCAUACACCUCCUUACACAACUUUCAAAGACAGAAGGAAAUGGAAGCCCCAACUUUCAAGAAAACAAGUUUCUGAAAGUAGCACCAUUAAUGGCAGUGAUGAUGAACAAAAUUCUGGACCAAUAAGAUAUGCCAAGUCUGUGGAACAUCCGUGGCCUGGAACCCAAGCUUUGGAUGCAGUUAUUACCCCAGAUGAUGUUCGGUAUUUUACAGCAGAGACUGAUGACAUUGCCAAUCUCGAAACAAGUGCGAUGGAAAAUCCUCAAGAUGUGCAGCUUUGGCUUAAACUUGCAUAUAAAUAUAUGAAUCAGAAGGAAGGGACUCCAACAGAAUGUUUAGAUGCAGCAUUGAAUGCUUUAGCUCGAGCACUUGAAAUUAACAGAACAGAUCCUGAGAUUUGGUGCCACUAUCUCAACUUGUUUUCAAAAAGAGGUACAAAGGAAGAGGUUCAAGAAAUGUGCGAGACAGCUGUACAGUAUGCCUCUACAAAUGCUGUUUGGUGGACUUAUUUGACGCUCGAGAAUUCUUUUGAUGGAAAAGACUACGUGUGUAGUCGAAUUGUGCAGUUCCUGAUGGAAACAAUUGAAAAAUCUGAAAAAUCUGAAAUUCUAUCUUUUCAACUACUUCAAUCCCUUCUUUUUUGGGUGCAAUUAAGUCUGUUUACUGGAAGACAUCAGAAUGCACUGGCCAUCUUUCAGAAUGCCCUGAAGAGUUCAGAUGGUAACAAAAGUGUGGCAGGAUAUUUAAAUACAAAUGACUGCUGCUUGGCUUGGUUAGCCUAUAUUCACCUCAUUGAAUUCAACACUCUCCCUUGCCGGUUCUUCGAUCCAGCUGUAGCCAUUCCUUCUAAGCUUGUAAUGAAGGAGCCAUUUCUCAUCCCAUGGCAAACAUCAAAUGAUAUAAAAACACAUCCUGACACAUUACUUGCAUUGUUUGAAGAUGCUGUCCAUGCAUGUUCUGAGGACUGUGCUUCAACAGAGGAGAGAAUUGCAGCCUGUCUCUCAAUUUACAGAAAUAUGAUUUUAGUACUGAAGCUAAUGGGAAGAUGGGAAACUGCUGUAAAACUUUGCAAGACAUUGCUACAGUCCUGCCCAGCUGCUUACCAACUUACUGAAGCUCUAGCUGUCCUCUAUUUAGAGAAUAAACAAAUCGAAGAUGCUGCAAAUGCAUGGCUCUCUGCAUUUAGAAGGAACCCCCAUAAUGCUCAAUUAUUGUAUUAUGCAUUCAAGUUCUUUAUUUCAGUGAAAAAGAGAGACAUGAUUCCUGCUCUGUUUCAAGAAUUUAUUGACUCCUUCUUUGAGGGGGAAGCCCCCAAGUGCCACCCUGCAAAUACUUUACGUCAGUUCCUGAACUAUCCCAAGCUUUAUGACUUCAGAGCACCUUCAUGCAAAGAACUGUUGAAUGGGGAACUGCUGAACGCCCAGAUCCCCUAUCUGUGGUUGAUUUUCUGCUUGUGGCAAUCCAUCAAUGCAAGCUCAAGAGAAGCUGUGGACACCUUUGAAGCAGCUCUUGGUACAGUUAUGCAAAAUGAUAUCAUGCAACAAAUCUGGAUGGAUUAUCUUGUUUUUACCAGUAGCCAGCUUGUUGGUUCUAAGAACAAGAACAGAGACUUUAAACUGUUUACAGAGUUGGUGCAUAGGUGUUUGGUCACAGCCCCCACAAGAAUGCUUAUACCAUUCAGUUCUGCCAAUUUUUGGAGCAACUUCGAGUUUCAUAAUCAGGUGAUUUCCUUUUAUCUAAGUUGCCUUCCCCAAUCCCAACAUUGCAAAGCUUUGGAAAGGUUCCCUUCCAUUAUGCCAACUAAUGUUGGACUAGCACUAAGAAUACUGGAACAGGAAUGGAAGGAGGGUAAUAUCCAGCACCUCAAACUGCAAUUGAAUAUGUUUACACAUUCUCUGCCAAUCUGUUUGCCAAUUUGGAAAAUAGCCAUAGCUGUUGAAAGCAUGUUGAAGGACCAUCAAAAUGAGGUUCGGCAGCUUUACCAGCGAGCACUUAAGAAGUUACCCCUUUGUGCAACGCUCUGGAAAGAUCAACUCUUGUUUGAAGCUUCAGAAGGAGGUAAAACUGAUAAUCUCAGAAAACUAGUUACCAGGUGUCAGGAGAUUGGCGUCAGCUUAGAUGAGCUCUUAAAUUUAAGCCCUUCCCAGAACAGAGGGCAAUGAUUACAGAGCGUAAAAAUGUUUCCCGAUCCCCCUACGUAAAAGAGGUGGCUCGUCAAGACUUGGCUGGUCUGUAGCUGCUAUCUGCAAAUGCAGAUAAUAAUCAGUGGAGAUGCACAUGUCCUCCUCAACGGCUUUCUUCUCUACGUGGUCAAAAAUCUUGGAGUUUACGAACCAGUGACCCAAAACAAGAUCAAUGAACUCCUACUUGGCCUCUGGGCCCUGUCAGAUUGUCGUAACAUCACGUCCGUAAGUAUGGUACCUCAGAAUGAUGAAUUAUUUUUUAAAUGUCGUGUGUCUUUAGUCUUUAUACGAACUGCUGCAUGUAAAGUUGGCUAAUUUUAGUGCAGUUCUAUGCACAUGAAUAAGGCAGUUUCAAUUUUUUUGUUUUCUUUUCUCCCCCUCCCUUGUUAAACUUCUGUUUGAGAUUUUUUAUUACAGGUUCAAAAGCAGCAGGUUUCACAGAAAAAAGUGUUAUUGCCUUGGUAGAAAGUCCAAAGUGACUGCUUUGCCAGGUGAAGAUUCCAGGAGGGGUUGCAUAACACCCUUUCUCAUAUUCAGUGUGGUGGACUUGCUGCUGCAGAGACUCUUUGUUUUAUGUAUUAACAUACUUGAAGACAAAAUCUACUGCAGUGGAAAAGUUGGAACACUAAAAUUUAUGCAUGCCAGUGCAUCAGUUCUGAGGCUGGUCAAAAUUUAUGUGCAAUCUUGUUUUGUGAGAAUUUAUUUAUUUUAUGGUUUGAGGAAAACUUGAAGAGUGACAAGUAUUUGACAAAUAAACUUUUGUACUAAAUACUUUGUAAGUAUUCUUAUACAAUGUGUUUAUAUUUGAUUAUUUUCAAUACAUGCUUUAUCAAGAAAA